GUUGAACUUGCAUCUUCAUCAUCAGUUCCAGUGUAACAUUUCACCUUGAAAGGCAUUGAAAUUAUCAAACCAAAUAUGUUCAAGUUUAUAGUAUUCACUGUACUUUUGGGUCUAGCAAUUGCAAUGCCAGAACAUUAUAUCAGUCCUGAGGGUGGAGCUGAAAUCACGGGAUAUUCAUCUGAUCUUUCUCCCGAUGGAUCUUAUCACUAUGUUUACCAAACAUCAAAUGGAAUCGCUGCUGAGGAAAGUGGAGUAGGUGCCCAUCAAGCUCAAGGAGGAUUCUCUUAUACCUCACCUGAAGGAGCUUCAAUCAAACUUAGCUACACCGCGGACGAAAACGGAUUCCAUCCCGAUGGCGCUCAUUUGCCCAUUCCACCACCAAUUCCAGAAGAAAUUUUGAAAUCACUUCAGUGGAAUGCUGCCCAUCCAGAAGAAGAUGAUCCACAAUACGAAGUUCACUCCAGACAUGUCGCGUUUAUUGCUCUUUUUGCUUUAGCAGUUGCUGCACCAGAACACUAUAUCAGUCCCGAGGGUGGGGCUGAAAUUACGGGAUAUUCAUCCGAUCUUUCCCCUGAUGGAUCUUAUCACUAUGUUUACCAAACAUCAAAUGGAAUCGCAGCUGAGGAGAGUGGAGUAGGUGCCCAUCAAGCUCAAGGAGGAUUCUCUUACACCUCACCUGAAGGAGCUCCAAUCAAAGUUAGCUAUACCGCGGACGAAAACGGAUUCCACCCUGAUGGUGCUCAUUUGCCGAUUCCACCACCAAUUCCAGAGGAAAUCUUGAAGUCACUCGAGUGGAAUGCUGCACAUCCCGAAGAAAAUGACCCUCAAUAUGAAGUCCACUCAAGACACUUAUGAAGUGCAACUUAGAGAUUGUUAUUUGAUACAUUGUUAGAUUCCGUAAAUUUUUGUUGAAUAAAUGAUUAUACUGUUA